GGGCGGGCGGCGGGCGCGGCGCGGCAGUAGCGCGCGAUCCGCCGCGGCCGGCCGCCGUACGCCGUACGCCGAACGCGCGCGCAACGAACGAACGACCCGCACUCCCGCGCACACGAUUAUCAAAUCGAAUUGUCACAAUCGACGAUACCGACCCGCCCCAUAACUCUUAACCGAACCUUUGGAACUUCUUUACCGUCCGACGACUAUCGAGUGCACCGACUACAAUAUUAAUCCCAAUUAAUAUUUCUUUGCGAGGGCGGAUUAUAACGAAUAAAUCGACUAACUAACUCGAACCGCACGAAGGUGUCGCGUCGCAAAAAGCGCAACACAAUAGAGUAAGCGUCUAAUUUUAAACGUGGUUGUGUUAACACCGCCGAGAUGCAGAACAUAGAUCCGCUGGAGUUCGCUAACAUGCUGGCCACCGAGCUGUGGUGCCAACAGUUGGCUAACCUAGAGGGCCUCCAGUCGGGGGUCCCAACCCGCACCACGGCGACCAUCACGCCCACGCAGUUGCGCAACUUCGAGCAGACCUACAUAGAGUUGAGCAAUUGUCGCAGCGAGCAAAGCAACCACGCGGGCUUCGUACCACCGUCCGUCACGCAGAAUAACAAUUACGGCAUCCUGAAUCCUGUGGGUUACUGUGACGCGGGCCCGACGACGCUGCAUGUGUCGCCGGGCCCUCUGUCAGCUAGCGGGGACAGUAGCAGCAGUCCCGGUCUACCCGCACCCAAGAGACGAAAUAUGGGUGGACGGAGACCUACCAAAGCCCCUCAAGACCUCACACCGGAGGAAGAAGAAAGAAGAAAGAUACGUCGAGAAAGAAACAAAAUGGCUGCCGCACGUUGUCGCAAGCGGAGACUUGACCACACUAACGAACUCCAGGAAGAGACCGACAGGCUCGAAGAGAAAAAGCAAGCCCUUCAAGACGAAAUCCGCAAACUCAACGCCGAUAAAGACCAGUUGCAGGCGAUUUUACAUAACCACUUACCACUGUGCCGGCUGAACAAGAGGUCCACUAGUCCACCGGAUGUGAAGCCGUUUCAAGAAAAUUACGAGUAUCCAGAGAUGCCAGAGGAUGGUGUCAGGGUAAAAGUAGAAGUCAUGGACCCCGCAGUAGACCCCGUGCUUGGGUUAGAUAACGAUAUCUUCGCCUCGCCGAUGCUAGACAAAAGAAUAAUGCUGUCGGCGGCAAACCCAGCGGUGGUGACAAGUGCGAACUCGCUGGACACGCCCCCCGUGCGUCCCUCGAGACCUAACUUCUUGCAGGUCCCUCUCACCGUCACUCCCGCGCAGAUCCACAACAACAAAGCGCUGGGCAACAACAACAAGAUCGAAGUCGAGAUCAGCACGCCCAGCAACGGCAUCCCGUUCAACUUCGACAGCCUCAUGGAGGGCGGCACGGGGCUCACGCCCGUGCACCCGCACCCGCUGGCGCCGCCGCCGCACCCGUGCGCGCAGCAGCAGCGCGCCGCGCCCGACCUCGCCUCGCCCGACCACGGCAGCCUCGUGAGCCUCUGAGACCAGCUGCCCGCCGCCUGCCCGCUCUUCGAGCCGCUCGACCUCGUCGACCUCGCCGACCUCGAGCCCGGGCGUCUCUAGUGCGGCCUCCGCUACCGACCCGUCGGGACGCCUCCGAGUUUCGGUAUUACGAGCCGUUAAUCGUUCGAGUCCAAGUUUGAUGAAGCGAUACGCCUCUCGCGUGCCUUGUCCGCCGAGCCGUCAGACGCGCCGGCGCACGGAACCUAGUUCGUGAUGUGUAACGACUACGCUAUUUAUUGUUCGUACUGACUUCGUUCUUCACUCCUGUCGUGCUACCUUCGUCUCCCGGGCCCCCUCCGGCUAUUUUUCUCUAUUUAUUUCGGGGAGCCCACGAAACGUACUUGCUCACUGUGUGCUUUGUAUUUAUAUUCUCGAGUAUGGUAGUAUUUUAAUAUUAGAGAGUAUCGGCGCAGCGACGCCGGCCUACGAAAGUCAAUUGAUGAGCUGUUCUCUCAUUCUAAAGGAAAAUAUUUUUAUAACUAGAUUGUAUUUCUGCGUAAAUAAUAAGUGUGAUGUAAAAAUAAAA